AUGGAGAGUAUUACACCAAUCAUCUUGGCGUCGCCGACACACCUGGAGCAGGAAUCCAAGCUCGGUCUUGCCAUUCUGAUAUGCGUCGGGUUUACUAGUCCGUGCGCAACAUAUUCCUCUCCUCUCCGGCGACGCCUCUCUCCUCUUUCCCGCGCGGACGUGUGGACCCACAGACGGCUACAGAGCCUGUUUGUAUCGGCUACCUAUUUCAUUGGUUCAAUUCCUCCGCGCGGCCUCCUCCGUCAGCACAUUCCUUCACGUUCAAGCCGGCAAUACUUAACAAAGCUGCCAGCCACGACUUCUGUCUCCCGGCCACAACUUGAACAACCCCAUCCAUACAAGAUUCAAAAGAGAUACUCCCAAACCAACGCUACAGUUCAAAAGCCAAAACCUUCGGCUGCCAUGUCCACAAACGCUCCUGCUCCAAGCAGACAGUACCUCGCCCCUCUCUCGCGCCAUGCCGUUCAAAAGCUGCCGGCGCUGGCGUGCCACCCGAUUGACGACUUCCUCUCUUCCGAUGUGGAUGUCGACCUUGAACUCUCUUUCGCUUCGACGAUGUCUCUUAACUCGCCCACCCGUGGCCUUCAAGAACUGAGCGCCGAGGAUGCGGACUACGCUCCUAUGGAUAUCUCACCCGCACCUCAGAGGAUGUUGCCUCCCAGUGUCAGCGACAGCUCUGCCGGUCUCAAGUUGAACCAGGGGCGCGCUCGGGCCACUACCAGUGCAUCAAGGUUGUUCGGACGGGAUAUGAGUAACGGCAGUGGCUUACUGUCUGGCCUGACCUCUAGUGCGAAGUCCGUGACGGGGAGCGGGGGUAAGCGCUUACAGCGUUCCGCCCUGCCCGUCGAGUGGCUCGCGUCGGGGACCCUUGGUCGGGACGAGAAUGUGUACGGUCAGGAUAUGCUACCUUCUCCCGCGACUAGCGACGCCAUGGAUGUGGACUCGUCAUUUGUCCACGUUCGCCCGAGGCCGGUAUCGCGUGAGUGCCCGCUGACGGCGGCGCCCACCAUCACUACCUUCAACUUGGACAACAACCCCCUGCUCUCUAGCCCUCCUGCCUCUGCGGCCCCGACGGUCACGGAGUUCAAUGGUCUGUACUUCCGCGCAGCUUCUCCGCUUGGCGACAGCGACGAUGUGGUGCUCAACGAGCUGGUGGACGCGUCACACAAUAGCGAGAGCCCGAGCCAGCCGUUCCACAAGAAGCGUCGCUCAACGUCCCCCCAACCUGAGUUCAUCGACGAACCCCAGCAUAUUAUGGACGACGAGGUGCUGUUCGAGUCGUCGCCUGCGGCGUCUUCUCCGUCGGCUCGCAGGUUGGAGCGCAUGGCUAGUAUGCCUCUCAGGAAGCCCAUGCUUAGUGGCCUCGGGGCACCGCUUGGCCUCAACACCAACAAGAAGAGGCCGAGGAGGCCCGUCCUGAGUGCAAUGCUCGCGCCUGGUGAUAGUCCCGUUGACAAGCCUCGCUCGGCCUACCCUAUUGUCGACGGAGUCCUGGACGACGAGGACGUUGUCCAGGACCACCCACAUAUCUUGCCUCCGGUCCGCCGCGCGAUUUCUGCAAUGCUCCCGCCCUCAACACUGGACGAGUCGAUGGCCUCUGAGAUUGGCGAAUCGUUCGACUCUGAGGGGCCUGAUAUGAGUUCCCCUGCGCAGGCUUACGCGAAGCGCCAACAUGUGAAGACGAUCAGGAGAUGCGAUGGGACGGACGACUUCCGGCCUCUGACUGGUGCGACUGCUCUCGUCAGGCGCGACACCGAGGUCAUUAUGACGGGCCUCCGGAGGAGCGAAGAUAGGGACAGCAGACCGGCCGAGAACGAAAGGGACACUCCGAGGAGCAAGUACUUGCACGCUGGUCCUGGCUUGGGCGGAUUUGGAGACAAUGAGGCGUACGGGAAGAUCCUACCUUGCCAACGCGUCAGGGAAGACGGAUUGAUGCGCAUCAAUCCCGAGACUUUGGACGCUCUUGUUGACGGUGCCUAUAAUUCUAAACUGGCAUCGUUCCAUAUCAUCGACUGCCGAUUCGACUACGAGUAUAACGGAGGUCACAUCCCCGGCGCUGUGAACAUCAACACCACCGCUGGUGUUGAGGAGUUCUUGCUGGGAGCUGGUGCAAUCAAACCUACCCCAUCUACGAGCGGAGACCUCAAUAAGAAGGUUGUUCUGAUUUUCCAUUGUGAGUUCAGCGUCAAAAGGGCGCCUACUUUUGCCAAAUAUCUUCGCUCCAAGGACCGUGCACUGAACAAUCAUGUCUACCCCAGGAUUUACUAUCCGGAGGUCUACAUCCUCGAGGGUGGUUACUGUCAGUACUACCAAGAAUCUGGCGCACGCUGCCAGCCUUCAGGCUACGUGCAGAUGGACGAUCCCCUCUACGCAGCAUCCCGCAAAGAAGAUCUUGACCAUUUCCGCAAGGGCAAGUUCGGCAGAACCAAGUCGUACUCAUACGGCGAGGGCAAGAUGACGUCUCUCGCGUCUCAGCAGCCCAAGAGGAACACAGCACCCAGCGGCACAAACGCGUUGUUUGCCGCUGCGAAUGCUGCUCGCACUCGGCGUGGCGGUAUGGGAAAUGCCGGCCUGCAAAUGUUGCCUGAAGACAAGAGCACAGGUCAUCAGACCGAAGAUGAGGAUACGGACAUCGGCGACAGUCCUUGCCCCCCUCCGUCGAAGGGUGUCGUGUUCAAAGGCAAGAAGCUCAAUCGUCUCGCUAAAGCCGAGUCGUACGGACCCUCUCGCAUGGCCUACUAG